AUGGAUGUUGACGGUGACACAGAGUGGGAAUGGGACAAGAUGUGGAGGAAACAGCGAGAGGAGGAACGGCGGAAGCAACGGGCAGCCGAACGGGCAAGCAUGAAUUGGAGAAGGCACAGCGCGGGUGGGGUAGCCGGAGAUUUUUCGGACGAAUGGAAAGCGAUAGUGUCACAGGAGGGACAGGAAGGAGCAGCUCCGGAGGAGGAUGCGUCGUGCCGUCAGUUUCCGCUACUGAAGAGUAAAAGCGAUCGCAUCGUUAGCACGAGCGGCGGUAACAUACCGGCCGUUUCCGGAAAAGGUAUCGCGAAGAGCAUGAGCGAGCGGAUGGACCCGCCGUCGUCGGGCGGCGAGAGCGAGGAGUUCCAUUUCCACAACCUCAGACGCGCGCAGCGCAGCUCGUCCAUGAGUGCCGGCUUGUUCGCAACUGGUUCGCCCAUGGCCGGCCCGUCGGGCGGCGCGUCGUACUUCCCCGCGUCCUGGUCCACCGGCACCUUCAAAGGCCCCCCGGCCGCCACGCUCUCCGCCACGUCAUCCAUGGGGACCGUGCCGCCGAAGUCGGGCUCGCAUCCAUCGUUUGCCCCGUGGCGAAGGCGGAGCGAGAGCGUGGGAUCCAUGGACGUGGGGCCGACGACCCCCAGCUCCAUCUUCCUGCCUCGCAGCACCAGCGAUUGUUUCGACGUCGCGAACGCGUCGCAGCUGGGCAGAUCGGGAAUGUCGCCCGUCGCAGCAGCCGUCGCAGCGGUGGACGGCUACGGACCGCAGAAUCUGCGGUACGGGUCGAAUGUCGCCAACGUACCUCGCACCCGCGAUGGCAGCGGCAGGCGAUUAGCCUCGGCUGAGUUACCACAGCGUCCUGUGAGCGCGUCCGCGGAAUUUUCAGGGCGCGCGUCGAGGCUGUCGCGGGGUUCGCCGCCUCAAAUCCAGCCGCCGUCGUUCACUCCCCCCAUUCCCGUCGCGGAGGCUCCGUACGCUGACGUGGCACCUGCCGUGGUUGGCGCUGUCGGCGUGCAACGGCUGUCGCUGCAGGUGAACCGGUUAGAGGUCGACGCGGACGGCCUCGGCAGCCGAGAUGGCAGUCCACUUGGCAGUCCACGUGGCAGCCUCUGCGGAAGCCCGGUUAGCAGCUGCGGCGCCAGUCCACGUGCCGGCUGGUCAGGCAGUCCGCGUGGCAGUUUCUUCGGCAGUCCACGUGGCGACAGCCACAGUGGCACGAAACUGAACAGCGGCCAGAGCAGCAGAGAAACCAGCCCCAAGGACCUUCAGGAGAUUAACUCCUUCGAGACAAUCCAUAUCCCUGCAGGGAGAUUAAGCAGCCGCGCGGGAAGCCACGCGAGCAGCGCGGCGCACAGCGUGUCGGGGAGUCUCGCGAGCAGCCCGAGGGGCGUCAGCUGCGGCUAUAGUGCCCCCUGGGACAUGCCUGCCGCCGGCGAUAUCAUUCGCUCCCCCGUCGCGCCGCCCACGUCUCAGGCGGCGCGCAGCAACGGCCAGCCGACCAUUCAGGAGCUUCUAGACGCGCUUAAAGCCAUCAGCCCGGACGCCGCGCUCGAAAGCGCCGCCGCCGCUGUCGCCGCGGCAACUGCUGCGGCCGUUGCGUCGAUGCCGCCCGGCGUGUCGAUCCCCCUCCCAGCCCUUUCGCCGUCCGCGUUAUUAGCCCCGAUCGCGGUUCCAAGAGCAGGCGAGGGCGAGGGGUUGGUGCGCAGGCUGAGCGGCGGGUUGGACGGCGCGAGCCGCCCGGGGUCGCCGCGGCUAGCGCCGGUGCCGGAGGUGCCGCACGAGGAGGAGCGGAGCUGGGAUGCCCCGCCCGCCCCCCCCGCGGUGGAUUGUAGCGACGACGGCGCGGACGACAGCGACAGCCCCUUGGGAUCGCCGAUUUUAGGGUUAGGCGGGCGCGCGUUUUCGGAGAACGGGAGGGGGACGGGCGGGGGAAGGGCGGAAGAUCUGCGGAAGAGCCGCAGCGUGAGCGGCGGGGAGUGCGGUGGGGCGGACGUUGUGCGCUUGUACGCGGAGGCGGAAACUGCAAUGCGCGCGCAGCAGCAGCAGCGCGCGGGUGAGCAGCAGGCGCCGUCUUCCACUCUCAGCAGCGCCUUCAGCAGCCGCAGCACGUCCGCGGACGGCGGAGCGGAGGAAAACGACCCGCUGGGGGACCUUCCAGGAGGCUUCGGUGCGGGCGCGGAGGGCGCGAGCUCAAGGGGUCCGCACGUGUGGAAGGCGGGGCCCGGGCUGGGGGAGCGGCGGAGGAGCUUUGACGUGCGCGCGCUGCUGAAACCGGAGGAGGGGGAGGCGGAGCAGAGGCGCCUGGGCGGGAGGGGCGGGCGCGGGGAGAGUUGGGCGGAAGUGGACUGGCUGGGGCUGGAGUUUGGGGCGUGGCGGGGGGAGGACCUGGGCGGGUUUACGUGGGAAGAAGCGGAGGCUGUGUGGGUGGUGGAGAGGGAGGGGGGGAAGAAGACGGGGGAAGGGGGGAGUGGCGGGGAACAGGUGAAGGGGGAAGGGGGGAUCGCGGGGGAGCAGGCGAAGGGGGAGAAGGGGAGCGAUGAGGGGCAGGAGAAGGUGACAGAUGGGGCUGGUGACUUGGGGAAGGGGAGGGAGAGGAGGGAAAGGGGGGAAGCAGCGAAGGCGGGGAUGGGCGGCCAUAGGGAGGAGGGUGGGGAGGCGAAUGGAAGGGGAUUUGGCCAUAAGGGGAGUGGGGCAGGAGAGAGCCGCGGCGAUAGGUGCGAGGGUGUGCAAAACGGUGUCAGUGUAGAGAAAGUGAAGGAGGAGAAGGAGGAGAAGGAAGAGGAGAAGGAGAAAAACGAGAAGGAGGAGGAGAAGGAGAAGGAGGUGGUGGUGGGGGUGAGGGGCAGGCGGGCACGUGCGUUGUUCCCCACGUGUGUGUCGCUGAGCCACUACCUGAGCGACCCCUCCCACUCUGACGACGAGCCCCUGGAGGACGUGGCGGAGGAUGGGGGGGAGGGCGCGCAUGGGGGGAGCGCGGAGGAGAUGCAGCAGGGGGAAGGGGAGGGGAGGAGAGCGGGACAGGUAGAUGGGAAGGGUACGGGGCGAGUAGGGAGUGCAAGCGGAGGGGCGGAUGGGUCGGGGUUGAGCCAGGAAGGCAAUGUGCUGCCUGCUUGUGCCCCUGCCAGCCUCCGUUUCUCACCAUCCAAGCCGCCUCGUCCAUCCCCAUCUCCUCCCACCCGUGCCACCCCGCCUCCCCCCCCCGCUCCUGCUCCCACCACGGCCUCUCAGCCUGCUGCUGCGGUCCCAUCACCGCCCCCACCACACCCACCGUCCACGCCACCCCCGCCUGCUGCGGUUGCUGCGCCUGCGAGCCCCUCUCCUGGGGACUGUGUGGCCCACAUGGCCGCGUUUCUCAGAAACUUCCUGGAUCUUUCAGCCACGCCGUUCCUCUCACUCGCUCUGCCUGCUGCCACCAUCGUGAGCUGUAACGACGCCACGUGUCACACGCUGGGAUGGCCACGUCAGCAGCUGCUCUCCCGCAAGCUGGCCUCUCUGCUCGUUCGAAAUCAAGCACAGCAGGAAGCGCAAGCCCAUGAGGAAGAGCUACGGCAGGAGGAACUGAUGCAGUCUGAGGGUGGGGAGCAGGAGGGGGAUAGGCCGAUGGCAGUGCGGCAGCAGCAAGGGGAAGGGAGGAGGGAGAGUGAGAUUUCUUCUUUGGAUUCCUGGCUGGGUGCUAUUAUGCGCACUGGGGUUGGGGAGGGCCCCCUUACAGUCACUCUCACCCGGCCCAAUGGGUUGGCUGCUGUGCGCGCCACUCUCUUUGCUGCCACCCUGCACCCCUGCUCUCCGCCCUCCCACCCCUCUCAACCAUUCCACUCUGCUGGAGCAGGCAGCGAUGGUGGUGGCAGUGCAGCGACAGCAGCAGCAGGGGAGGCAGGGGAGGCAGGGGAGGCCACGGUGGCCAUCAUGCUGCAUGUGCUGCCGUGA